GACCCGCCUGCUAUGCAUCGUUCAGUGGGCAUUCGUACACUUGCUCAUCCAAACCCCGCUGGGCUAUGGCGUGUCAUUGCAAGUCAUAUACCUUCCUUGUGAGGAUAGGCGAGGCUAGAAGUAGAGACAGUGUCUGUGUGGUGGCAUUAAGACGGAAACAGAAUAUGUGGUAGUGGCGACUUGAAUCUACUCAGUCCUGAGUCACUCAGCGCAGAGGCUCACCGCCACAGUGCUCCACUCCACUACUUGCAUCAUACUCGCAAAGAAGGUGGUGUGUACGAGUGUAUGUCCAGUGAUCUCGCCAGACGACCUAGUGAAGACGCUGAAACAAGGAGCAAGUGAGGAAUUUGAUUUAUAUGUGCGGAGAGGGGAAGAAAAGUGACACCUCUAACAUCGUCGUAAUGGAUGUCACAAUAACAACUGUCCUGCUUCUCUUAGUAUUGCGUGAUGCUCUAGGGGACGACGAGGAAUCUUUGUAUUGCUAUGAAUGCGGCACAGGCGUGGCCGGGGAACCUGAUUGUGAAGACUUCAUCCAAGCCUCCUCAUGGGCCUCCUUCUGGAGAAAGUGUCAGAAAGAUCAUAUCUGCGUCAAAUCUGUACCUAGCUGGGCGUCUGGUGAUGAGAGUCGGACAGUCCGCGGGUGUUCUCCGAGAAAGAACCUACAAGGGGUACCCUACAAGGAGGGUUGCUGGAGCCACGCCACCUCCACUACCAUUAUCUGCUUCUGUACCACCAACAGCUGCAACACUGCAAGUACCAUCACUCUCCCUGCCCUCACACUCACGACCGUGCUUGUCCUCAGCAUUCUCUUCAGGUGAUGGAUGAAGGAGGACAACGCAGCAGAGGGCCAGACCUCAGGAACAAGAAGUAGGAACCAGAUCUCAGGAUCAAGAAGUGGGGUCCAGACCUCAGGAGCAAUGAUUGGGGUCCAAACCCCAGAAACAAGGACUGGGGUCCUGACCUCAGAAAUAAGGACUGGGUUCCAGACCUCAAAAACAAGGAGUAGGGUCCAGAUCUCAGGAGCAAGGACUAGGGACCAGACCUCAGGAGCAAGGACUGGGGUUCAAACCUCAGAAACAAAGACUGGGGUCCAGACCGCAGAUACAAGGAGUGGGUACAAGCCUUAGGAGCAAGGACCAGGCAUCAACAGUAAGGAUCAGGGCUCUUGAUCCAAAUAGCUGGAACUACCAUUCCCUUCCUUAGGAACCACCAUUGAUUACCCUCCAACAUCCCAUUCCCUAGGUGCUGUCGAACCUCUAAGGGUUUAGCGCUUCACAGAGCAAUAAAAAUACUAAAACUGAUCUGACAUUGAAGCGUUGUGUUGCAGCCACAAAAACACUUACAAAUAAUUCAGUAGCUACUUAGAAAUACGUAAUUAUACAUUAUAUUUCGAGGCGCUAGACCCUAUUAGGUGAUGCAGCACAAGGAGAAGUGUCGGCUCGAUCCUUCGUCAGCAGAUAGCGAGACAAACCAUAAUUAUUUACCGCAAUCAUCCAUGUAAUUACAUAUCUCACAUUCAUUGUAAAUAUUUAAUCAUCCAUACCUCAUUCCCAUAAACAUUGACGUUUGUGUUAUAUAUUUUAUAUAUAAUUCCCACACAUACAUAUGCCUAACAUCUGAGUUUGGUCUAUUUAGCAAGGUUGUUUUCUGUCAAAUAGCCAGAGGAAAAAAUUUUCAGGCCAUGACUCUACCAAAUUCAAUCUGAGCAUAACGAAAAAAAAAUAUAAUUUAUUUUAAGUAAUAUUAAAUUAAUGCAACUACCUAUGUAAUAUAUAGCAGAAUUUAACUAAAAAAAAUAAUUUAGUUUAAAUGAAGUUAGGUGAGGUUUCUACGUUUUUUUUUGUCCAAAAAUUUAAAUCUUUAUAUCAUUGUCAAUGAAAGAAAAAAAUCUUACUUUCUGUAAAAGAAUUUUUUAGAAAAGUUUAAUUUUUAAGGAAGUUUAGUGUGACUCCUAAGUUUAUAUUUACAACCACCUGAGUGAAUGUAUAUAAAAACUCUCAAUAAGACAUUGUCUUAUUAAUCUUAAGUUAGUCUUAAGUUUGUCCGAAAUGUUCUGCAUAUUAAGGGGCUUUUGUGUAUAUAGACAUGUCGUCCACCUGAAAUAAAGGAAUCUGAAUAGG